CGGGGAUAGUUUUACACCGAUGCAUUACUAUGCAUUCAACGCCUUCCUUGCAGCUCUCCAGGUCCUUAUGUGCAUUUGGUUCUUUUCCAUUCUCAGGGUUGCUUGGUCGGUCGUUCGAGGAAAACCAGCAGAAGAUGUUAGAAGUGACGAAGAUGAUGUCGAGGAAGAUGAAUACAUGCAAGAUAAGAAACAGAAAUAG